AUGGCGCCCAAUCUCUAUAAUCUCACCGUUUUGGAUCAGUCCCCCACUUUCAUUUACUCUCCGUAUCGCGAAGGGGACCUCAACUCAUCUUGGAAAGUCUUCUAUUCAAAUAGUCCAGACAGCUCUUAUGAUUCCACGCACAACUCAGAUAACCUGGCUUCCGGCACGUCCCUUCACAGUACAACUCUGCAGGGCGCGAGCCUCCAAAUAUCUUUCGUGGGCACCGCGAUUUACCUCUCUGGUUCGGGUACUGCUGGCAGCUACUCCACGACACUUGAUGGCGGUGAUGCCGUUGAUGGCAACCCAGCCAAUGGCUACCUCGUUAGUCACGACGGCUUGGACUAUGAAGCCCACACGCUGGUUUUGAAUACGACUUCCACAUUGCAGUUGAAUGUAACGUCAGCGUUAAUGACCGUAGGCGUUGGUGAUGAGGGUGCCGAGCAGAUCCAUGGUUUAAACCAUCCUCUGGAACAUAGUGCUACAAUAACGGACACGAAACAUCUUGCAAUUGAUGUGGCUAGUGAUGGCUCGACGUCAUUGGACUCGUUCUUUACAACUAAUGGCAAUGGACCAUUUAACACCAACCACGAUGCACAAGGGUAUUCACGAAUAGACACGACAGGCAAGGGAUCAAAAAUUUUAUUUUCUUUCAGUAGCGCCUCUGCUGUCUUUGUUUAUGGUUCGACGAAUUAUGACCACGGUGCUUACAGCGUUACGCUAAGCCCCGCAGCCGGGGUGUCGACAUCUACGCGAACUUUCAAUUCAACUUCAAAGUGGUUCGCUUAUGACGCCUUAACGUACUGGGAGACAAACCUCGAUCGAGACAAAACGUAUCAAGUCACCUUCGAGAACCUGGCAGAUGGUAAAUAUAUGGAUAUUCAUCAGAAGACCUUUCCCGGCUCUAACUUCCGCGUAGGUGCUCUUAAAGGAUGGAGUACCGGUAUCGACGAGUUCUUCAUUGAGUUCUGCGGCGUCAGUAACCGGAUCCUCGGGUUCUUCAGCUCCUUCCUCUGA